AUGGGGCUUAUCAAACAUUCGUCAGCCACACGAAAUUUAAUGAUCAUCUUGUAUCAUCAGAAGAAUGUUGCACCUGAUGUUCUGCGUCAAAUGAAGAUAUAUCUUCGCAAAAACUUUAAUUAUUCAUGUGUCUUCAAUAAUAAAGAAGAUUUGAUUACGUAUCUUGCAAGUGAUCUUGUUAUUAAACAAAUAGUAUUUAUCAUUAGUAAUGAUGAUGAAAAGGAAACUUUGGCAGUAGAACGUCUAGUCAAACGACGUGGUCAAUUUCGAGGACUAUAUCGAUUAGAACUUGGAAAAUAUAAUUUAUCUGCAUGUUCAAAUAUUAAAGAAGUACGUUUCAUAAUUGAGAAAAUGGUUAAUGAAAUUAUUAAUGACCUUCAAAAAACUCAGCAACCAGUUGAGAGUUCUGAACAUAUGAACGACAAUAAAGAAACUGUUCUAGACGAGUCAACUCCCAUAUUUGAUACUUUCAAAUCGGUUUCUGCUCAGACGACAUUUUGUAAUUUGAGCAACGAAUCACUCAAGUUUCUUCUUUUUCAAGCCCUAAUUGAAUUAAUGGUACGCAUCGAAUAUAAUGAGGAAGAUUUUAAACUGAUGUGGAAUCUUUGCCAUCAAGAAUACAUGAAGGAUGAGGUCAAGGCGAAAAAAAUUAGAACUUUUGCUGAAGAAUACAAACCAGAGGAAGCAAUAAAGUAUUAUACUCAAGACUCCUGUUUCUUUCGACUCGUCAAUCAAGCUUUUCGACUCGAAGACUUUGACAGUAUCUUUCGCUUUGGUUGCUACAUAGCCGAUCUACAUAACCAAAUUGAAAAGCUUGGUAGAGAACAAAGACAAAAUGGAAGUAAAAAUGGCAAAACAUAUUAUCGAGGUAAACGAUAUUCAAUCGAUGUCAUACAACAAUUCAAGGAUAGCAUCGGACAUUUGAUUGCUUUAAAUGGACUUCUUUCGACAACCGAAAAUUAUAUGACUUCUACAGUAUUUGCUGGCAUGGGAGAAACGCAAGAUCAUUAUCAAAGUGUGACAUUUGAAUUUAAUAUUGAUUCUAAUACGACAGGCUUAAUCAGACCAUAUGCAAAUAUUAAUGGGAGCAGUGCGUGCCAAGAUGAAGAAGAAGUUCUGUUUUUCAUGGGUUUCGUUUGGAAAAUCGAAUCAAUGAAAAAAAUUGGUAAUAAUGAUUGGUAUAUUGUACUUCAAUCAUGUACAGACUAUAACCCUGAACUGAUCACAUAUAUUGAACAAGCAAGAUGUCGCUGCACAUAUAUGACCGUUGGCAACAUCUUACAAGAGCUGGGCGAUCAUGUCAGUGCAACAAACUUUUAUCAACGUAUGCUUUUGGAUGAAACCCUUUCAGAUAAAACUCGUGUUAGUGUCUAUUGCAAUAUGGCUGCACUGGCUGAGGAUCAGGGCAGAUAUUUUGAUGCAGUUAACUAUCUUAUCCAAGCACAAAACUUCAUCAACUCGACAGCAUUAGAAAAUAGCGAAGUACCAGCUCAACCAAAACCUCUUUUUGCGCAUAAUAUUGCUCCCUCUCAACUAAAUCUCUUCAACAACAUGGCUCGAGCAUAUAUGAAAGCUGGAAACAGUGUUUGGAGCAAUGAUGGAGGCGGUAAUGGUGGUGGUGACGGUUGUGGUGAUGGUGGUUGUGGUGGUGACGGUUGUGGCGAUGGUGAUGGUGGUUGCGGUGGUGACGAUGGGUGUGGAGGUUGUGGAGGCGAUUGA